AUGGGGAACCAGACGAGCGUGGUGGACGCGCUGGUCGAUCUCGAGUUCCCGUCAGCCGCGGCGCCCCCCGCGGCCCGCCUGCCGCCCGGCCACGACCUCCCGAUGGGCGUUCUCUCCUUCGAGGUCGCGUCGCUCAUGCGGAAAGCCCUCGAUCUAUGGCGACAGCUUGACGCUCGGAAUAUCGCGGGCUUGGAAAAGCAGCUGCAGGCGGAAGGCUUGAAGCGCCUGGGCGUGGGGGACUAUUCCCUCCGCUGGCGCCUGGCGGGCGCGGAGUAUGCUUCCGACCUCACCGCGCUCACCGCCGCCGUGGGGGUGCUGGCGCGCAGGUGCGGGGGCGCGCGGAGCGGAGAGGUGCUGAAGCGGCUGCGGGGGUACAGCCGCGCGUGGAAGAGAGAAGAUAGUUUCAGCGAGGGCGAGGCGGACGAGCUCAUGCGGUUCCUGAGGGAAAAGCUGGAGCCAAUGGGGGCGCUGCACAACGCAAUGCUGGCACUGGAUGACGUCAUCAACAGCUCCGUGGGAGAUCCCGAGGUGCAGAACCCUAAGACUCGUCGCCCCAAGGGGAAGCCUCAGGCCGCCGUGAUGGAGCAGAUGCAAGUGGUGCAUCAGCUGCAGCGUGCAUCUCUCUGGAACCACCCACUCGAACGUCCGGUACUGAUGUUGGCAGUUUCGAUUGGAGUGUUGUGGCAGCAGUACCGAUCGGUCUUCGGUCGGCCAGCGCCCCCCAAGCAGGAGGAGCUGAAGGCGACACUGGGAGCAGCGGGGCUGCCGUCGGUCUAUGCGCGCGUGUUGCUAGGGGUGGAGCAGAUGCGAGAGAUGAGCCCCAUCAGUCCUCCUUUCAAGGAACAACGAAGGGAGCUCUACUCCAUCCUCCCCUCCACGGUGCGUCGGCGCCUGGCCAAGCGGCUGAAGCAGCGCUCCAAGCGGCAGAUAGACGGGGCGAUAGCCAAGGAUUUGAAGGCGUGGUGGGGGAUAUCCUGCGGUGGGCUGUCCCUCUGGCUGAGCGCACGGAGGUGUGGAAUGGCGACAAGUCGUUUGGCGCACAGAGGAGGAACCGCGGGCACCGAACCCUGCUGGUGGAGACGCUUCAUUACUGCGACAAGGACAAGCAACCCCGUACCGGCCCCUACCGUUCCGGACCUCCCAGUUCCCCCCGUGCCGGACCUGCUUCUAGGGCACCCGCUCCCGGACCUCCCAGCUCCCCUCGUCCCAGACCUGCUUCUGGAGCAGCCCCUCCCGGACCUCCAUCUAUGGCUCGGUCGGCUUCCAGUGCCCCCCCUCCCGCCUCUCGAUCCGCACCCGAACCUCCUCCUACUGGUCCAGCCAUGCCUAGACCGGCAAACCAAGCAAGGCCUGGCCCGGGACCAGCUCCGGGACCUGGAGGGCCCCGAGGCAAUCCAACCGGACCUCGCCCCAGGCCUGGUGCUGGCCCCGGACCUAGGCCUUCCCCAGGCCAGGCAAUGCCUGGGAGGGGAGGCAUGGGACCCGGAGCUGGGGUGCGGGCAGGGCCCCCGGGACCUCAGGCUCGGCCCGGACCUCCAUACCGCGCUGGAGGUCCGGCGCAGAGGCCAAUGCAGGGGGCAAGGCCGAUGGGUCCAGGAGGAGGUAUGGGAGGAGGCCGGGGAGGUGGGGGAAGAGGAGGUGGAGGGCCAAUCCACCGGCCAAAUCCUGCAUCUCCGGUGUUGGAUGAUAUUGAUGGUAUGCCGAUCCGACGGCCAGCAGGGAAUGUCAGUGCAGGGCAACGCCAGAAGAUGCAGCAGAGGGAGUGGCUGA